AUGAGACACUACCCCAAUCGUUUGUUAAUUCGGAUCACGAGCAGUGCGAUACUGUACAGUGGAUUAGUUCCGAUGGUAAGACAAAGUGUUAGCAUGCAAGCAAAAUCGAUUUUAGAACUUUAUUCCACGUAUCAAUUGCCGAUAAAUGUACAAGACUCAGAGAAAAUUUUUGCUGAUAAUGGUUUCCCCGGCCAGUACAUCACCACCUCUCACUGGCCACGAUCGAAUUGGAGCCUACCGCAGUGUUAUUCGGAUAGGACUGAAGAACCACAAUUUCACAACGGAUGGCCUGAUGAAUGGGAAUCAAAUCCACCGGAAUCAAACAUGACUAGCAAUAGCUGGAACUACUUUUAUGAAGAUUAUCCAUCACGCAACUUGCAAGAAAACUUGAUCACGGAACCAACUGGUGAGUGUGGCACUGUGCACGAUUCAGUCGGACCCAGUACGACUCAGUGUUGUUGGAAUUUAUCCAAUACAUGCUGUACAGAUCAAGUUCAUCAUACAAGAGCUCCCGCAUAUACGGAAGCAAGUCACAUGGUUUCCACACACGAACCACACAAUAAACCUUCAUUUCAUCUGAGUUUAUCCAUGUGCAUGCGCGUGAAUCUUAACGGUGAUGACAUUGAGGAGUUUCAUGAUCGAAUGGACACACGCGGUUUGUUCUAUUGUGAUUAUCCUGAAGAACCGGAUCCCAACCUAAUCGAACCUAAUUGGUCAGUCCCCGGGGGUUUGAUGUUCACUAACAACCAUUGCCCUUACCAGACUCGAUACCGGAACAGCGUAUCUCCCAACUACCAGAUAAAAACAAAUCAACCGAAAUAUAUCACUUGCUUCACCGAACAUUCAAACCUGAGCACAGAAAAAAUGGAAUCUCAACCAGGACAUAGUUUCAACCGGGAAGAUUACACUUCUCAAUACACUUCUGGCGGUUUGGAUUCACUCCUCAAAAAUGAUCCUAUCCCACUUGCAGUGUGUCAUGAAAAUAGGCUUGACUAUUCGUAUUGCAUGUGCCUAGAGAAUAGAUCAGAUUUUUACACGAGUUUCAAUGAUGUGAAAACACAAGUUCCUGAUAGGGACCACCAAGAAUACUUUUGUUGUUGUCCUCAUUGUUCUCGUGACAAUGUUGCCCGAGUUGGACUAAUCGAAGAACCUCAUUUGAAUCGGCCAGCAGACUCUUGCAGAACCCCACAUAUCUGUUCAGUGAAUUCGACUGAAAAUGAGCCUGAAUCGUUCCGUCUCACAACCCAGGACAGUGAAGAGUGCUGCAACGGUGCAGCCGACAGCCUUCAUCAAGCAUGUCCAGAUGUACGAUCAGGUGCGGACUCGAGAAGUUAUCACGACCCCAAACAAUCGAAUGUGUGCUUCCUAUGUGCUCGAGUUUACGCUCGUCCCAGUACACUAAAAACACACUUACGAACUCACUCCGGAUUUCGCCCAUAUCAGUGUGUUCGAUGUGGGAAGAAAUUCUCCCAAGUGGCCAAUCUGACCGCGCAUAUGCGUAUUCAUUCGGGUGAUCGGCCCUUCCAGUGUCCCAUUUGUCAUCGGUCAUUUUCCCAAAGCUCAUCUGUUACCACACACAUGCGAACACAUUCGGGAGAACGGCCGUACAAAUGCCAUUUAUGCACCAAAGCGUUUGCGGACAGUUCAACCCUAACCAAACACAUACGUGUACACUCGGGUGAGAAGCCGUAUCGUUGCGCGCAAUGUUGCGUGCGAUUUUCUCAAUCAGGCAAUCUAAAGCGACACAGUAGAAUUCACAUGAAAUCGGACGAACGCGGUUGA